AGGUUCUUCUCCAGCGCGCCGAGGGGGAGCUGUCUGCGGUGACCGGACUAGGGCAGCCGUUCGGUCCUCUGAGGGAGCCUUUGAGAGUCUCCAGAACAGCUGGGGCUAUGGGACUGCUAUCGAGGGUUUGGGGCGUGGCCUUCGCGGGCGGCGGGGCGGUGCGUCUCUUUUCCCGCGCAGCGCGGCGUGAGCAGCGGCGUGGUCCGCGGCCUGGCGGGGAGGAGCUCGGCCGCCUGGCGCUGGAAGACGCGGCGCCCGCCCCGCGCCUGGAGCUCCUGUGUGGCGUGUCCCCGUGUCUGUUGGCCCUGCGGGCCGCACGCCGCCGCGUGGCCCGCCUCCUGCUCCAGGCCGGCAGGGCUGGGCUGCAGGGAGAGCGAGCCGAACUGCUCCGCCUGGCCGAGGCGCGGGACAUCCCGGUCCUGCGGCCCCCACGGCACAAGCUGGACGCCCUGUGCCGCUUCCAGGUGCACCAGGGCGUCUGCAUGGAGGUGAGCCCCCUGCGGCCCCGGCCCUACGCGGAAACCCGAGAGGCCGCCCCCGACGACCACCUCCAGCGACUGUGGCUUGUCCUGGAGGGGCUCCAGGACCCCCGGAAUCUUGGGGCUGUGUUGCGUUCCGCUCACUUCCUUGGGGUGGACAAAGUCAUCACCAGCCGGAGAAACAGCUGCCCGCUCACCCCGGUAGUCAGCAAGGCCAGCGCGGGGGCUAUGGAGGUGAUGGACGUGUUCGCCACCGAUGACCUGCCCAGCGUUUUGCAGACCAAAGCCCAGCAGGGCUGGCUCGUGGCUGGCACAGUGGGCUCCAUGGGGCCUGAGAUUCCCCACUCUUCUCAGAUCCCCAUCACAAAUUGCUUGGAGUUUGUCUGGGACCGGCCUACUCUCCUCGUGCUAGGAAAUGAAGGCUCUGGUCUGUCCCAGGAGGUGCUGGCCUCCUGCCAGCUUUUGCUCACCAUCCUACCUGGGCGCCCACUGCCUCUUGGACUUGAGUCCUUGAAUGUGUCUGUGGCUGCAGGAAUUCUUCUUCACUCCAUCUGCAGCCAGAGGAAAGGUUUACCUGUAGACCAGGAGCGAGAGCAGCUUCUCCAGGACUCUCCAGAGCCCUCAGCUAUGUCUGAAGGAGUCACAGAGGCUUGGCACUCAACAUUAUCUUCAGAGUCAGAAAGACAAAGGCCACGUGGGGGUUAACUGGGCCUGCCUGAGAUGGUUGUGUGCUGGAGUUGGGAUGCAUUGCAGUACCCCCAAGGGAUCCCAAGUGUAGAUUCUGCCCGAAUGUGUGCCCAAGCCCUUGUUUUGGUGUUAGAGAUGUUAGUUUAAUUGCAGGCUGGGAUGGGAUGGGAGGCUUCUGUUUUCCCAGGCCCUGGUACAAAGUCUAGGCAUCAGAACAAAGCUGGGCAGCCCAGGCUGGAGGGCUGUGGCAAAUGAGGGCUUACAGAUGUAGAAGAGGUGAAGACCUUCCUAUGGAGUAACAAGUGUACCUCCUCCCCACAUUUGUUGUGAGGAUCAAAUAAAAUCACCUGGUGU